CCGGAAGUGACGUUGCUAUUGUUUUUGAAAAGGCGGCGGUUUAAGUUAUUAGCAUCUCAUGAUGAGGUAAAUGAACAACUUUUCUGUAAAUAUUUUUCAGGACCACAACUAAACCAGUCAGACCAUGCAGCCCCAGCAGCCUUCAAAUGAGCUUCUUGGCAGACUUUGUGCUGGAGACAAGAAACUAGAGGGGAAGACCUUCUACUUUGAUAAUGUGAAGAAACGCGCCACACCCCUGCUCUUGGAGGCCAUAUCUCUUUUAGGAGGGAGGGUUGAGAGUUUUCUGCACAAAGAUGUGACCUUCGUUGUGACUGGAAGCCCAGAGAGCCUCAAAGAGGAAAAGAGUGCGGUUACUAGGGGUGACGAGAAGGAGAAGAAUGAAGGAGGUCAAAAUCUAAAGAAGCCGGAUAGUGUCCUCAGCAAGGACAAACGGCAGCCAGUGACUCCUCGACUGGUGGCUUGUGGCAGCCGGGGGAAGGCUCUUCUUGAAAAAGCUAUUUGCAAAAAUGAGCGGCAGCAGAGGAGCAGUGUGUUGUCCAAUGCUCAAUCGUGGGGAGUCAAGAUUGUGUUUGCGGAUGACGUCCUUUUAUAUCUGAAGUAUUUAACUCGAGAGAGCGUCAGAGCUAAACACAAGAGACCUGAGAAAUCAUCAACCAAACAAAGUUUGCUUGCUGUCAAAGCUACAGCUUUACGGGCUCCAUAUCUUAAAAUUGAAGACAUAAACCGGAAAUACAAGCCUCUGCAUAUGCAGUCUGUGGCCUUUCCUUCUCUGUACUUCUUGGGUCGAUUUAGUCCCUUUGAGUCCCCUCCUCCUCCUCUGUUUGACCAACCCACGGUGCAAGGAAACGAUAAAAAGAGGGAAAAGAAAGUUGAAAACAGCUUUCAGGAAAAACCUCCAACCCCGCUCAGUUGUAACCCUUCCCCUUGGCGAGCACGCAAAAAGGACACGUCCUACUGUGAAUGUUGUCAUGAAACCUUUACGAAUCUGGAGGAGCAUUCACAGUCAGAUAAGCACCGUUCAUUUGUGCUUGACCCCUCAAACUACAGAGCUGUGGAUCAGCUUGUGGCUGAAAUGCUCCCAGGAUUCGACUCCAAUCCACCUCAGCAAUCAGAAGAAAGUAGACUAGCUGCUCCUCUGCCUUUCGGUGAUGACUGUGAGCUAGAGCUGUGUGCUGAUGUUGAAGUGGAGAAAGCUGUUCAAGUCCUUGAAAGAGAAGAUUCAUCCUUCAAUCCUCAUAUUCCCAAUCCUGCCCAAAGUCCACUUUCCUGCCACCUGCCAAGUCCAUCAAAAGACUUAAAAUUUGAAAGCCAAAACCUUUCUUUUCAACUGACUGAUAACCAGUCUGUUCAUACUGAAACACACCACUACACCACUGAAGUGCAGCCUCAGGUUUUAAGCCCCACUAUGCCUGUACUUACUAUUGAACCACUCAACCAACAGCUGGAAGCUUCUUGUCCUGAUGCUCCAUGUCUCCUCCCAGACCCUUACUUUUUCCCUCCAGUUCUCAGCCCACAAGCUCCCUAUUCCCACAGCAUUAUGGAUCCACACUGUCCUUACUCAGACCCCCCUAUCCUCAGUCCUCAAAAGUACAACUCAGAGGAGACUUGGGGAGCACGGAUGUCUGAAACGAACAUUGAGGCGAGUGGGUCAGCACUUCUGCUCCCCACCUUACUUCCUGUCUUAUUGGCUCGGACCAGUUUGGAGGAAGAAAGGGGUUUAAACUCACUUUGUGACAAAAGUUUAAAGUGUCCUACUCGAUCAUUAAGUAGAUCUAAUUCAUUCCCUCAAUUGUCAGCUGUGGCACCGGACCCUAAAAAGCGCUGUAGAUCGGCCAGCCCUGAACAGAGAAGCAGUAAGAGGAGGAAAACAACUGAAGAAAAACGUGGAUGGUGCGAACAAAGGCUUCACCCCUCAACACAACAAAGUGACAAUAUGGCAGAUGUUGUGGACUGCUUAUUACUUAGCAAUGCCUCUUUUCCAGUAAGACAGCCUUGCCCUCAGGCUCUCUUUACACAGACUUGCAGCACAUUUUCCUUCCCUGCUGUUCAGAAUUUCACUCCAGCACUGUUUCAGAUGGAUUCUGCUGCAGCUCAGCCGCUGUGCUUCCUGCCCUCAAAAGCAACAGAGUUGAAUUUCUCUGUAGAUAAUGACCAAACUCAAUGUGCAAUCUCCAGUCGAGACUCUCAGCGUUCACAUCCACUCUCUACCUCUGUGAGCAUCGAGCCAGCCCUCAUCCCAGACCUGACCAUGCGCUCCUCGGGGGCAUCAGACUCCGACUGGGACUGCGACCUUUUGACACGGCUGGAUCCGACCUCAGCGGCGCCUCUGGCAACCGCCUAUCAGAACCAUGAGCUUGACCAAGAGCUGCUCCACAGGCCCUGUCCCUGGAUGCACGAUAGCAGCUAUGAGUCACAUCUGCACACCGUUCUUCAGCCGUCGACCCCGGCGGCGUCGCUGUGUGGAGAGGAUGUGGACUCUGCAACUUUUUCCAGAACUGUGGUGCAGAUUGUUGAGGUUCAGCACUGAGUACAUGGCUUUUAAACUGGGUGGGAUGUUUUAACACUGAAUAAAUUUUAAGACUAUG